GCGUCUAUUUCAUUGUUGAUGAGCCUCCCUCGUUUUAGUACGCUCGCAAAUUGUAAAACAAGUUAAAAACAAAAUACUAUAAGUGACCUUUUGCGUUGGAGCACCUUCAUUGAACAUCGGAAGGGGAUUAAUUCGGUCAAACUAUCGUUUCAAUUUGUUUCUUCAUAUCUUUUUUCUUUAUUAUUAUUAUUAUUUUGAAUCUAUCUCCGAGAUGUGGACCUUUUUGGGACUAGUCAGCUUCACGUAUGUGUACAAAAAAUAUGGAGCAUUUUGGACUUUGGCUCAGAGGGAGCUCGUCACAGCUCUCGUCUUAUUUGUGUCCGCGGGGCUGCUUCUGUUGUUUUAUUUCCGAUAUUUCCAUGGCCACAAGCUCACUUCGGCCUCUCGGGUGUUCCGUUCACCUCUGAGCCUUUUGUCCCUCCUGCCUGCCAUCAACCUGCACAUCCUUCAAAAUUCACCAAAGAGGAGUCAGAAUGCAGACAACACGUGUCGAAAGAGGACAAGAAGAAGGAAACAAGCAGGCUGUGGAUCUUGCACAUCCACCUCACCAAACAGCUGCUCCGCUGGCCUUGGGACAGAUGCCGAGCCAGACGUGGUGAUCGUGGGGGCCGGCGUCCUGGGCUCGGCGUUAGCGGCCGUACUCGCGCGGGAUGGCCGGAGGGUGACGGUGGUUGAGAGGGACCUGAAGGAACCUGACAGGAUAGUGGGCGAGUUACUGCAACCCGGAGGCUAUCUAGCGCUCAAGGAACUGGGCCUGGAAGGGUCGGUGGAGGGUCUGGACGCCCAUCUGGUACACGGUUACGUGAUCCAUGACAUGGAGAGCAGCUCCGAGGUGGAGAUCCCCUACCCCCAGGCCGAGGAGAACGUCCAAUGCGGACGUGCGUUCCAUCACGGCCGAUUCAUCAUGGGGCUGCGAAGGGCCGCCCAAGAGGAGCCAAAUGUCACAUUUAUAGAAGGCAACGUGACAAGUUUGGAGGAGGAGGAUGGCUGUGUAACCGGAAUUCAAUACAAGGACAAAAACAGCGGGGAAGUGAAGGAAGUGCAUGCAGCUUUGACAGUGGUGGCUGAUGGCUGUUUCUCCAAAUUCAGGAAGAAUCUGGUCUCAGGGAAAGCUCACAUUUCUUCUCACUUUGUUGGAUGCCUCAUGAAGGACUGCCCCCAGUUUAAAGCGAACCACGCGGAAUUGGUGCUGGCCAACCCAAGCCCCGUGCUCAUCUAUCAGGUCUCCUCCAGCCACACCAGAGUGCUCGUGGAUAUAAGAGGAGAGAUGCCGCGUGACCUUCCGCAGUAUUUGGCGGAGAAAAUACACCCUCAGCUGCCAGUGCAUUUAAAGGAACCUUUCAUGGAGGCGCUGCAGAACGACCGUGUCAGGUCCAUGCCGGCCAGCUUCCUCCCUCCCUCUCCUGUCAACAAGUCAGGCGUGUUGCUGCUGGGUGACGCUUACAACAUGAGGCACCCCUUGACCGGGGGAGGGAUGAGUGUCGCUCUCAACGAUGUCCGCAUCUGGAGGAGCCUGCUCCGGAACAUUCCAGACCUGUGUGACGACAGAGCCCUGCUGCAGGCAAAGAAAAAAUUUCACUGGGAGCGCAAGUCAUCACAUUCUUUUGUCGUGAACGUGUUGGCCCAGGCCCUGUACGAGCUGUUUGCAGCCACAGACGAGUCACUACAUGAGCUGAGGAAAGCCUGCUUUCACUACUUCAGACUUGGAGGAGAGUGCAUCGCUGGACCAAUUGGACUCCUCUCAGUUUUGUCACCCAAACCAAUGAUUCUCAUUGGGCACUUCUUUGCUGUGGCCUUGUACGCUGUCUACUUCAACUUCAAGUCCGAGUCUUGGCACAGCAAGCACAAAGCUUUAUUUAAAAGUGGAGCAAUCCUCUUCCGAGCCUGCACGGUCAUGUUUCCCCUCAUCUACUCUGAGCUCAAGUACCUGGUCUACUGAACUGCGGGUGCACAGAGACAAGACCAAACAUCGUCGAUAGCAAGACUUUACAAAGAUUUGUUUUUGUCAGAUGUCUUAACAUUGGACUGCCUUCAGCAUUAACAAGGGUUUAGUGAAUUUUACACCCGAUGACUUUGCCUUCAUGAUUACAUUACUUGUGUAGAGAAAAACACAGUUGUUGUGCUUCCCUACUUUUUGUUGUACUGUGCAACGGUUUUAGAGUCAUGAACCAUCCAAUGGACAAAAAAAAUACAUAUAUCCUGAAGUUGUCCUCCAUAAAAUUAAACACUUUCCCCUUUUGUGAAAAUUGUUUUCAUUUUGUUACAAUCACAACGCUUAUAAUACUUAACAUGUCUAUAGGAGCAAGGCCCUCUUUCAUAUUGGAAAUUUGGAUGUGACAGUAUUGAAAAUUUUUACUUUGGAUGAACCACUUAACUAACAAAACAACUAUUUGAGCGCGUUUCCAAAACAUUAAAGUCCAUUCUGAAAAUGUUAACAUUAAUAUGAACCUGUUAAAAGAAAUACCUGUAUGUUCAAUAAAUGGCAAUUGAUGUUAGUCUCAAAUUGAAAUACAUGGCAUUAUUAAGAAUCUGCUUUAUUGACCAAGUGUGUAAAAAAACAUGCAAGGAAUUUUCUCUGGCAGUCAAUGCUGCCCUGGUACAACAUUCAGAACAGACAACAACAAACAAAGAACAGGACUUUUGUUCAUAGGAACUAUUCCUUAUAAGAGUCGUGCAAGAUGUAAAAUCUUCAUUUAGAAUAGGUAAAGAGAUAAGUGUGUUAACAUCUCACAUUGUGUUAAGCUUUAUAUAUACAUAUAAUUUAUUUUAUAAAAAUUACAUUAAUAUCAAAUUAUUAUUAAAAUUAUAGAUCAUUUGUAAAUUUGGCUUUUAAUCUUGUUUUGCAAAAGUGCUCUUUGUGGACAGUUUGUACAUCGAUGCGUGAUACAGAAAGUGAACAUGCCCGUUUUUCCAAGGUAAACCCCCCCCCAGAUUAAAUCACUAAAAAUGACCUGUAACCAGUGCAAAUGAAAUGACAAAAUCACAAAUCUCGGUCCAUAAUGAAGGUACACUUGGUUUUGUUGCACAACCUUUUGAGGCAAUCACUGCAAUCAAACUACUAUAGCUUUGAGACCUCUAUACCUCUCAGCAGCUAUUUUGGCCCCACUCAAUGAUACAUGUGAUUAGUUACUCCUUAACACUGCAUAUAGUUAAUAAUAGACAGUGUUUAAGUACUGUACUCAACACUAUUUUUUUAAAACUAAUAAUCCAAUUUAGCAUUAUAUGAAAGUUGGAGCCGAUCCCAAAAAAUCUGAGUCAAGAGGUGGCGUAGACCAUUAACACUAGUGUUUUGGU